CGGACGGAUCACACGUGUGCGGCGACGUCUUCCAACUUGAAGGCCAAGAGGUGGAGAGCGAGAGCGGCUUGACAUACGCACACAGCUGGACAGAUGAGGGGGCAUCAGGGAGCACGCUCCUGUCCUGGGUGUGUGGUGCGCUGACCCUGCCUGCCCAAGGCGAGGCGUCGGAGGACCAGGGCCAUGACCGGCUCUCCGGGCCCUGGUGGGCGUGCCUUAGUGCCAUGGCCGGCGGCGUGGCGGUGGAUCCUGGCCGCCUCCUUGGUUUCCGUGGUGACCCUGACGCUGCCGGGAAGCGGCCGGGCCUGCCCGCCGCGGUGCGAGUGCUCGGCCCAGCUGCGCUCGGUGUCGUGCCAGCGGCGGCGGCUCACCAACAUCCCCGAGGGGAUCCCCACCGAGACCCGGCUCCUGGACCUCAGCAAGAACCGGCUCCGCUGGGUGCAGGCCGGGGACCUGACGCCGUACCCGCGCCUGGAGGAGGUGGACCUCAGCGAGAACCUCAUCGCCACGCUGGAGCCCAACGCCUUCUCCACCCUGCAGAAUCUCAAGGUGCUGAAGCUGCGGGGGAACCAGCUGAAGCUAGUGCCCAUGGGGGCUUUCGCAAAGCUGGGGAACCUGACCAGUCUGGACCUGAGCGAGAACAAGAUGGUGAUCUUACUGGACUACACCUUCCAGGACCUGAGAAGCCUGAAGCACCUGGAGGUGGGCGACAACGACCUGGUUUACAUUUCACACAAGGCGUUCUCCGGGCUGCUGGGACUGGAAGACCUCACGGUAGAGCGCUGUAACCUGACGUCCAUCUCGGGCCAGACGCUGUCCUACCUGCGCAGUCUGGUCACUCUUCACCUUCGCCACCUCAGCAUCACUGCCCUGGAGGACCAGAACUUCCGCAAGCUGUCCAACCUGCGGGGUCUGGACAUAGACCACUGGCCGUACCUGGAGUACAUCUCCCCCCUGAGCUUUCAGGGCCUGGACCUCCACUGGCUCUCCAUCACCAACACCAACAUCACCUCCAUCCCCUCGGCCUCCUUCAAGAACCUGGUGCACCUCACCCACCUGAACCUGUCCUACAACCCCAUCGCCUCCCUGGAGCCAUGGGCCUUCAAGGACCUGCUGAGGCUGAAGGAGCUCAUCAUGGUGAGCACCGGCCUGGCCACGGUGGAGCCCCACGCCCUCGGAGGCCUCCGGCAGAUCCGGGUGCUCAACUUCUCCUCCAACGACCUUCAGACUCUGGAAGAGGGUUCCUUCCACUCUGUCAACAGCCUGGAGACCCUCAGAGUGGACGGGAACCCCCUGAUGUGUGACUGCCGUCUGUUGUGGAUCCUGCAGAGACGCAAGACCCUCAACUUUGACGGCAAGGUGCCGGUGUGCACGGGGCCGGUGGAGGUGCAGGGGGUCAGCCUCAGCACCUUCACCGACUCCGCACUGUUCGAUCACUUCACCUGCCAGAAACCGAAGAUCCGGAACCGAAAGCUGCAGCAGGUGGUCGCUCGUGAAGGCCAGCCGGUGAGCUUCCUGUGCCGAGCCGAAGGCGACCCGGCUCCGGCCAUCGUCUGGAUCUCCCCGCAGCGCAGGCGCAUCACGGCCAAGAGUUCGGGGCGCGUCACCGUCCUGCCCAGCGGCACCCUGGAGAUCCGCUACGCCCAGCUCACCGACAGCGGGACGUACAUCUGCAUCGCCAGCAACGCCGGCGGCAACGACACCUACUUCGCCACGCUGACGGUGCGCGGCCAGCCGCUGGACGCCGCCUCCGCCUUCUUCCUCAACCGCUCCCUGUACAGCGGCGAGUUCUUCAACGACACCAACAUGAACAGCACGCGCGUUUUCCUCAAGUUCACCUUGGACCUGACCACCAUCCUGGUGUCCACGGCGAUGGGCUGCAUCACCUUCCUGGGGGUGGUCCUCUUCUGUUUCCUGCUGUUGUUCGUGUGGAGCCGGGGUCGCGGCCAACGCAAGAACAACUUCACAGUGGAGUACUCUUUCCGGAAAUCUGAACCCGCCACCGGAGGCUCUUCAGGAGGGACCAGGAAGUUCAACAUGAAGAUGAUAUGAAACAACGCAGCCAGGGGUCCCUCGGGGGAGGCAUGAGCACGUCCCAAAAACGUGUUUGACGCACGCAAACGCACACAGCCACUGACACGCAAAGAAGCUUGAAAGCACAACCUCAGCCCUCUAAAUUCCAACCCGUUCUAAAGCAAUUCGGUCUGAUUGGUGAACUGCAGCAGAACUAGCCCGAUCUCUGCCUCUCAGUGGUUUGAUUCAGUGGUUCAAAUUUACAGCUACAUGUCA